AUGAUUUCGAUAGUCAGAUCAAACGGGUUUGCAUUUCUAACGAACACUUCAAAACCUACACGCUAUUUAUGCUCUCAUCACUCGGUAGACCAUGCAUCGACGGAGUUGCAGGAAGAAGUUAUUCGCAUUGUUUCUUCCCACAUUGGUGGUCUUGAUGACCUUGAAGAAAACUUGAACAAGGUUUCGGUUUCUACAUCACCCAACUUCGUUACCCAAGUGAUUGACUCCUGUAAGAACGAGACUUCACCGAGAAGGCUGUUGAGAUUCUUCUCCUGGUCUUGUAAAGGCCUUGGCUCCAGUUUACAGGACAAGGAGUUCAACCACGUCUUGAGAGUUUUGUCUGAGAAGAAGGACUACACAGCUAUGCAGAUACUCUUAUCAGAUCUCAGGAAGGAGAAUCGGGCCAUGGAUAAGCAAACGUUUAGCCUCGUUGCUGAAACUCUGGUUAAGAUUGGUAAAGAAGAAGACGCAAUAGGUAUCUUCAAGAUCUUGGACAAGUUUUCUUGCCCACGAGAUAGCUUCACGGUGACGGCUAUUAUAAGCGCGCUCUGCUCAAAGGGACAUGUGAAGAGAGCAUUGGGAGUUAUGCACCAUCACAAGGACUUAGUAUCCGGUAACGAACU